AUGGGCUUCGGUAGAACAUGGAGGUCAUGGGUCAAGGAGUGUGUCAGUACGGCUUCUAUUUCUAUUAUGGUCAAUGGGUCUCCAUCGAAACCCUUCAAAAUGGAAAGGGGGCUCCGUCAAGGUGAUUCGUUAUCACCGUUCUUGUUUGUCUUGGUGGUAGAUGUGCUUAGCAGGAUGAUCGGAGAGGCGGUAAGAAACGGUCGAAUCUCUCCACUACUUGUUGGUCGGGAUAAUAUAGAGCUAUCACAUUUACAAUUUGCUGAUGACACUAUAUUAUUAUGUCCCCCGGAUGAGGAGACAGUCAGAAACUAUAAGAGGUUGCUGAGGUGUUUUGAAAUGAUGUCUGGCCUAAGCAUUAACUUUGAGAAGUCCAACUUGAUACCAGUGAAUUGCAGACCGGAGUGGGUUACCCGAAUGUGUCAGCUGUUGGGUUGUCAAGAGACAGCCUUGCCGGUGAGGUAUCUAGGCAUUAGUCUAGGCGCGAACCCGAGGCUGGUAAAGACUUGGAAGCCGAUCAUAGAUAAGGUGGAAGAGAAACUCAGCUUGUGGAAAGCAAAAGUCCUUAGUAAGGCCGGAAAACUGCUACCAAAUGUGGUUGCAAGAAAAAUCAUCACAUUGCAGAGGAGGUUCUUUUGGGGGAAGGAUGAUGGGCGACCAGGCAUGGCUCUUGUGAAGUGGGAGCUAGUUCAGGCACCGAAGAAGUUAGGAGGGCUGGGGGUGGGUUAUGCAGUGGUACACAAUGCUGCCCUACUAUUCAAAUGGUGGUGGCGGUUCUCAAAAGAGGAAUGUCCACUAUGGAAGAAGAUUGUGUGCUCUUGUUAUAAUUUGAACCCAAACCUCUUGCUGUCAACUCAGAAACUACCCCUAAGAGGUGGACCGUGGAGGAACAUAUGUCAAGUACCAAUCAAGGAGCAACAUGUGAGGCAGAAGAUGAUUGAUGGCCUUACUAUAGAAGUAGGGGAUGGUAGAUCCACCAGAUUCUGGGAGGAUACGUGGCUCCAGGUGGGAAAGUUGAAAAACUCAUUUCCCAGACUCUUCUUGAUUUCAAACCAAAAAGGAUCAGUGAUUGGGGACUAUGGGUUCUGGGAUGGGAUAGAGUGGGUUUGGCACUUUCAAUGGAGAAGGGAAUUACGUGUAUGGGAAACAGAGACCUUAGACCAGCUGCUUCAUAUCUUGCAAUCUGUUAUGCAGGAAAAGACUUUGGACGAGGAGUUUCUGAGCUAUAAAUUUGCAAAGGAAAUUUGGAAAGGACUAGUCUCACCUCGAGUAGAGUUGUUCAAUUGGUUUGUUCUGGUAUGGUGUGCAUGGAUCUUAGAGUUCGGACAGAAGUGGGCUGCACCGGGUACUUUGAAAGAUCACUUUGAGAGUUGGAGAUUGACGCCGUUGAGAAAAGACUUGCGCAAGAGUUGGAUGGUUGGGUUCUUCUCAAUUAUAUGGAAUAUCUGGCUACGAAGGAAUGAUGGUAUCUUUCAGAAUAAGAUAACAGGAGUUGAAGAUUGUGUGACUCAGACAUUUCUAUGUGCUAAGGAAUGGUGUAGUAAGUAA